AUGAAACCUCGAAUUCGACCUAACGUAGCCUCUGCUGCGCUCCAUCAGCACAUCUACCUCGACGAAUACAAGAGUAGCAGUAACAAUAGCCUCCAUCCCACGACACACCAAUCCUCGACAUCCCGCACAAAGCGCGCCUUGAAAAUCGCCCCUCACCCCUCCUUCUUCCCCACCUCGGCCUCCUCCUCGGGCGAAUCCACGCAGGUAAUCUACAACCCGCCGUCCUCUACGCCCUCCGUCUACCACACACGCCCUUCAAGUUCCUGCCUCCGAGACGACCCCCGGCGGAAAGCCAAUCUAGCCCAGCUCUUCCGGACCUCCGCCGACGUGUCUUCUUCCAAGUCGGUCCUCCCCCCCGAGCUCAAGGACCCCGAGCGCAAGUACAACGUGACGCGGGAGCAGGUGGAGGAGAUGCGGUCGCUGCGGGCCACGGACCCGGAACGUUGGAGCGUGCUGAAGCUAGCGGAACGCUUUGGUUGCGCCCCGUAUUUCGUCAUGAUGUGCUGCCGCUCACCGACCGAGCAUCGCGAGCGCGAACGCGCGCGUCUGGGCGCUGUUAAGGACCGGUGGGGUGCGAUUCGCACGGCCGCUCGCGAGGAGCGGAAGAAGCGCAAGGACUUGCUGCAUAAGGGUCUAUUAUAG